AUGUCGGGAGCCGUCAGUGGAGGAUACAUGCCCGUGUACGCGGACGACGGCGAGCUGCCGGACCCGGAGGUGCGGACCUUUAUCACCAACUUUUACAGAAUCUCGGACCGGCCGGACGCCAACGAGCUAUGGAUCAGCUACUUUGCCAAGGACGCGCACGUAACCAUGGGCACUGAAAAAGGCCGCGGCGAGCAGGAGAUUCGCGAGCUGCGCAGCAGAAUGUGGACGACGGUGCGGGAGCGGAGACACACAGUGGCCAAGGUGUUCCCGGGCCGGUUCCGAGACGACGAAUGCGAGUGCGAGGUGAUGCUGUUUGGCGAGGUCAAGCUGACGACCAAGGAGGGCAACGAGGCCGUGGUGCCGUGGGCGGCGCACGGGGGGCUGCGGAGGGAGGGGGCCGGGUGGAAGUUUGCGCGGUAUCGGGUCUGGCUGCAGAAAUAG